AUGCAUGACGGUUACAAAGAGAUAAGUACUAACAAGGAUGACAUAAACCCACAUAUCAGGGAAAAGUUGGAAAAGACUAAAAAGCUUGUUAAAUCUUAUACUUUGAAGCUUGUUGUGGGUAAUAAGUAUGAGGUGAAGUUUUUUAAGAAAAGCUAUAUUUUGGAUCUUGUUGGUCAGUCUUGUACUUGUAGGGCUUGGGAGUUAACAGGUCUCCUUUGUUGCCAUGCAAUCAUAUGUAUACAUUAUAAGAGAGAGGAUAUAACAAAGUAUGUGGAUGGGUUUUAUUUUAAAGAGCCAUAUUUGCAGUCUUAUCAAGAUGCCUUAGCCCCACUUAAUGGUUCAAGAAAGUGGCAUGAAGUCCUUGAAGCUCCUAUUCUCCCACUAGUGUUUGUAAAACAACCUGGCAGGCUAAGGAGAAAUAGGAGGAAGGGUCCAAAAGAGGAAAGAAAAAACGCACACAAGAUGCCAAGGAAUAAGAUUAAAAUGAAGUGUCAAAGAUGUUUUAUAUUUAUGCAUAAGAAGAGAUUGUACGAGGCUGUUAUUUCAAAAGAAGCUAUUGCUCCAGAAAAACCUAAGGUGAACUUUAAGAUCAUUGGGCAACAGAGAGGCCAAGAAAGUAAGGCACCACCAAUGUAA